AAACAAAUCCUGCCCGGUCGAUACUUAUUUCUCUGUUUCUCGUCGUUUCAGAACAAGGACAAACCACCAGCAAGAAGAAGACAACAUUUUCGCGACUGCUUCGAGGACUAAAGACGCACAGGAAGGAGAAACAAACGCAAGCCCAAGGUUCCCCGAGGCACGGCCGCGCAAGAAUGGGUGUACCACAAAGAGUAGACACACCGGACAGCGUGCUACAAAGUGGACUGGGCCCGGGGCCAGACAUGGGUCACACGAUUUUACGCUCGAUGGUCGAUCCGAGAGAUUACGAUCGAUUAAGAUACUUGCAAAUGAAUGGCGGCCAACCGAACAGCUUCGAGGAAACGAUACACAGGCUGAAAGUUCAAGAGGCGCUGCGAAAGAAGGAGCGAUUUCAUAAAGAACACGAGGAGAUACUGAGGGACAUCCGGCAGGGCUUAAUGCAGCUUGGUCGGGAAGGACGGGGUCAGCUCCCUGGAGAUGACACUUACAUGUACGACGAGGACGCACGUUGCGGAGGUGGAUUGGGUUUGGGUCCUGGAGGUCAACACUGGUACGACGAACCACCGUAUGAGUCAGAUCCUGAGGACUUCCUUAUGGGUGCCAGCGGUGGACCAGUGCCAACAGCGACCAUUCAAAAUGGAAGGGUAUGUUUCACGCUAAAUCUGAGGCCGGAGAACCGAGGGGAGGGGAUCAUUUCGCUUCGAACUGCCGGUGACAUCAGCCUGCCGCGAGAUCGUUCCAGGAAAGGCGCAACCUCGACAAUGCGAGGUCUCAUUGUGCCGCAAGGUCAUAAUAAUCCACCAGCUAUCAUACCACUUACGCACUCGAGAGCCUCUCGAGAGAGCGGAGACUACGCGAGUAGCGACGUCCAGAGCCGGAGUAGCGGCGAGGAAGGACUAUCGCCGAGCCAGAGCAGCGACUACGAGGAUCAGGAAGAACUUGAGAAUCAACACUCGGCCGCCGUACACACAUCGGAAGCUAGCGCCCUGCUCGAAGGUGACACGAGGGCAGGGAUCGCGGGACGAGCGCGAAACCUGAGGCACGACGUGCAGCGAAAGAUCUCGAGGCUUCGUCAGGAUCGCACGUCAUCCGAGGCGUUCCCGUGCAGCGCGAGCAGCGUCGAGAGCCUGCCGAGCGGAAGUGGCUCGAGCACGCAGGCACUUGUGCGUGCAGGAAGCAAUCACAGUUCGAUAUCCUGCGAAGACAGGGACGCUAUCAGCCCGACGUCUAUUGGACCUGUGCUCUGCAGAGCCCGAGCACUCGUUGAUUACACGCCCAGCCCCUACGACAAGGAAGCGCUGAAGUUUAAGAAGGGAGACAUCAUCGACGUGGUACAAAUGAACAAGAGCGGCCUGUGGAAGGGUGUUUUGCACAACAGGAUAGGCCACUUCAAGUUCAUAAACGUCGAGAUACUAAACGACAGGGUCCCGAGGCGCGGCGAGCCCGAAGGCCGGGGGAAGUGGGGCCAGAGGUACAGGCAGAAGCCCGGUUCCGUUCAAGAGCUCUUGCAGAGGAUGAAUCUUCAGGAACACAUUCCCGUGUUUGUAUUUAACGGAUACGAGGAUUUGGAGCUCUUCAGGGAAAUUGAAGCUGCGGACCUUGAUUACUUGCGCAUACAUCAGCCGGAACACCGCGCGAAAAUACUCACAGCCGUGCAACUGUUGAAUGAUCUUCAAUCCGGAAGCGAGGGCGAUUUAGCCUCGAGCUCGGAGGGCGACGAGGUGAGUCGGCUGGUCUUAACCUCUGGCCAGACAUCCGGCCAUUGUUCACCGUUUAAUCGUCGCCAGUUCCCGCGGGACUCCGGCUGUUACGACGCUCACAAGAAUUCCACCGGCCGGCGAACCGUGAGCCCGGAAUCGACCGCGACAGCCAAGCUGCCCAGGGAGAACAAUCUCGACGCCACAACAGCCUCCGCGAAGAACGUCGUCAGCGGUGGCGGCGGCGGCGGCGGCGGCGGCGGCGGCGGCGCCAGCACCGAAGGUGGCUCUGCCACCGACAGCAAGGACGACUUUCAUCCGAACAUACCGAUCACCGGCGCCGCGACUGGCCAGAAGGAGGGCCAGUUCGACAAGUCGCCGUUGCUUCGCAGCAGCGGGAACGUUCGUUUCAUCGCGAAACGGGGGAACUUCGGUGAGACGGUGGUGAUCGAGGACGCGUGCGAGAGCGGUCAGAAGCUCGGCGGCAUGGUGAAGUACGUGGUCGGUAGCGGUGACCUUGGCCUCGAGGCCACCGGCAAUAUCACCGGCCUCGGCCAGCGUGGUUGCCUCAGCGAGAAAUCCAGCGACUCCGGUGUCAGCUCGUCGAGCAUCAGCUCGGCACCGCCGCCGAGGGACAAGGUGCUCGCGAACGUCGCGUCCGACUCGCCCACCAAGAACUUCGGCAACUUCACCAGGGCGUCGCCGACCUCCCAGCCGGCCAACGCCAAGACCAGUCAGAGCGGUGAGGCUAGCUACCAGUAGAGAGACAGAGAGAGCGCACAGUAGAAAACAGGAAUACUCUCCUUUUAUUUUCCAAGUUCUCUUCGUUGCGUGUAAGAUUUUUAUUCGAAGGCACUACAUCGUCGACGCGAUACAUCGUUUUGAUACGAGGACUUUUGAUCGGGAGAAAAGACUCGUCGGAUGUUGUGGAAAGUUGUCGGUACCAACGGUGCCUCGCGUUUCAACUCGUUUAACAAGUUGCAGCUACCUAAAUCCCUCCCUCCUCCUCUUCCUCCUCCUCCUCCUGUUCCGAUUAACCGAAUUACUCGAAGUGGUUCGACACUAAUAAGAACAAGAGUGGAUACUCGAAAGGCUCGAUGUUCAAGCAAAUAACAGGUUCACGCCAGGUUAAGGUGUUGCGAGUUGCUCGAGAUAAUUUGACAUGGCUGCAGCCCGAAUUCAAGCUGCAAUCUGACGCAGAUGGCAGACAAACGAGUUUGAACCCGAAGUAUCAUCCGUAUCGAACCUUUCUAUCGCCUUUGCAUCGCGAAAUCACACGCCACGGAGGUUUCUUUCGCUUUCGGUUUCAGCUUCGAACCGAUCGAGGCAACGCGGUGCUUCGCAAAAACUCUUCACUGCCUUACCUCUACUCUCUAUCCUAUCGUUGCUUUGUUCAUCGAAACGUCCAACGCUGCUCGCCCUCGUCGAGAAGAACGAGAGUUCUCCAGCUUUGUUUCCGAUAGGUUAGAUUAGAGUUUCGCGCGAGAUUCUAUCCUCGGCCUGAAUUCUCGCGACUCUCGCGCACGACGAACGAAAGAACGAGACGAGGGGAUGAUGUUCUCCCGGAUUUUAAAGCGUGUUCUCGGCUUGUUUGUAUUUGUAUUGACGAACGUGAAUGGAAUAUGACAGUGCUGUUGAAUGAGAAGAUCGAUGAAACGUCUUGCCACGUCACUGCCAGUCAUUUCGUGAUCUCGUCUAUCGUUUUUCGACGCUCGUGUUACAUGCUAAUUAACUGAUAAUAUUGUGAUAAGAGAUUGCAUUUACGUCUGAAGCAUUUGUAAAUAGAUAGAAGGAUAACGCGAUAGAGAAAGAGAGAGAGAGAGAGAGAGAGAGAGAGAGUUCACGAUUUGCAAUUUGUAUACUAAGCUAACGAGAACAGAGACUAAAAGAGGCGACGAGUUUAAAACGAAUGAAACGGUGCAGAGUUGAGCUCGUAAUCGUCGAAAUCGUCGAUUCGACUCGAGCUGUUCAGUCCGUUUCUAUUUGAGAAGUGGCUGAUUAUCAGUCGGGAGCUUCUGGAUCAAAGACUGCCACAAGACGCGAUAUUAAAAUCUUUCCACCGAGAGUAUGAUGUUCAUUUGUUCUUCUUUUUUUUUUUCUUUUAUUGAUUCUGAUUUACCUUAACAUCGUGAGAGAUAUUAUCGUACCGAAAUUGAACAUCGAAUACGAAUGCGAGAGCUACGAGUGAUGACGAUCUGACGUUGAAUUUUGUAAUUUAGAAAUCUUCUUUAUACUACCGUUAGUUACGGAUAUAAAUAUAUAUACAUAGUCUAGCUUCUCGUUUAAAGAACGCUCGGAAAUUUCAUCGAGAGCGAAAAUCAAGUUGGAUAAAAUAGCGAAGCAAAUAGGUACGUAUGUACAAAUACUCCCUUUCCUUUCUCAACGUAGAGAUCCCUUCGAACUCCUGUAUAGCGAUCGUUUUGUAUUAAACUGUAUAGUUUCUUAUUAUUGUCGACGAUAGUGAAUUCGUAGUGAGGGAAAGUAACGAGUGAUCAGUUCCUCGGAGAGACGUUGUUAAAUGAAAUUGCCGCUGUUACAAAUACCUUUUGCAGGAUUAUUUUAUCCAAUCUUUGGCCGCUCAUUCGAUAUCGAUAUUCGUUUUCAGUUUCGAAAGAUUGAAACAUUAACUAGUUACAUGGUCGACAAUCCCCCAUCAUCGAUGCAACAUAGUUCUUCGACAAGAUGGUAAAUCUGUACAUGUGUAUAUUGACUGCGCCGCAGAAAGAAGAAAGAAAUAAGAAAAAAAAAGAGAAAAAGAAAAAAUAGCGGAAGAGAGAGCGAGAGAGAGAGAGAGAGAGAGAGAGAGAGAGAGAGAGACGACGUUCAAAGUUAUAGAGUUUUUUGUAUGUACAUAUACAGCACAGCAUAGGAACCUAACGAUGUUUUAUAUUGAUCCAACAACAUUGCCAAAACUUUAGACUAUACAAAUCUCUAUACAUAAAUAUAUAUACAUAUGUUACAUAUAUCGUACCGUUGGCUCUUAUGUAUAUCUUUUGUAUAGUGUAAAAUGGUAGACGAAUUUAAAAAAAACGAGGCGCGAAUGGUAAGAGGCGAAUCGAAGAACUUGAGCGAAUUAAAAAAAAAAAGAGAGAGAGAGAGAGAGAAAAUAAAACGAGAAGGAAGAGAAAAAAAGAGAAAGCUAUCGAAACGACACGAUUAUCAAAAUAUACGGUCUAAGAACUCUAUCAUACUGUACAUAGAUAUACACAUCAAAAUGUAGCAUAUUCGUUUCGACGGAGAGAAGGGGAGAGGAACAAUCGAAAGACAAGAAAAAAAAAAAGAGCGAUUCGAUGACUAUCCAAAAGUCGGCGGAGACUGAUGUGAGGAAAUGUUAGAGAAAUCUUAUAGGCUUUAAGAUGCAUGUUUACCUUUUUCAUUAUUAUCGAUUUACACUGUAGUUGUUAGGAGGUUGUUCAUUCCCAUUUUUUUUUUUUUUUUUUUUUUCUUGUAAACAAGUCUCUUAUGCUUUCUUUCGUACGACCAUUGAGCGAGAUUUCCACGUAGGAAACGAGGGUGAAACUCUGAAUGAUCAUCCCCCCUAAACGUCUAACUGUAUAAGUUGACACACACGCUGCUUCCACGAUAAUAGCGAUUGUUUUAAUACGUACUUUAUCGAUAUACCGCAUUAAGUGAUUUAUUUUUUUUUUUAUUUUUUUUUUGUAUUGCAAGGUUCGAUCGUGACCGAAUUUAUUUGCGUUAACAAUGAACAUGACAUCGAGUAAGGUUGAUAUUUCCAACGGAGACGCUACUCAGAGAGAAAGAGAGUGAAAGAGAGAGAGAGAGAGAAUUUUACGAAUUUUUCGCAGAAAAACGAAUUAUUAUGAAGCCAAAAUCUUCGUUACUUCUUGUACGCAAAUUACACGGUAACGCUCUAUAGUUUUGUCCGUUCCAUCGAGAACAAUAUUACGCGUAGAGGACGAAUCAAAAAAGAAAAAGUAUAAAAAAAGUAUGAGAACGAAACAAUAAAACAGAGUGAGUGAAAGAGAGAGAGAGAGAGAGAGAGAGAGAGCAAAAGCGAGUGAGAAAGGGUGAGAGUGUUAAAAUUAGUAACGUUCUGAGAGUAUGAUUAGAUGCAAUAACAGAUAAUUUUAUUAGUUCGGAAAGAAGUUGCGCGACGUUUGAUGUAAAGAGGAAGAAAAGGAAAAAAAAGCAGUCAGAUUCGUUAUAAAAAAAAAAAAUAGAUGCAGUGAAUUAAUAAUCGAGAUAAGUAAUUUGAAGAAAAAAAAAAAAAAUAGUGUGAAAAAUACGUGGAGGUAAAGGUGUCUUAGUAAAAAAAAAAAAGAAAAAAAAAAGCGUGUUGAGUGUGUUUGCGAUUCGGAUUUCGUACGAGAGUGAGAUGAAAGGAACGAAAAAAAAAAAAAAAAAAGAAAAAAAAGAGAACGGCCAUCUUGGUCCGAACGAUCGAUCGAUCGCGAAGAAGAAAGUGAAGGGUGGUCACCGUGAGGAAAGUCGACGACGCGGUCACGGUGUCUAAGGAUGAGUCGCGCUAAAUCGCUAGUGAAAAUCGAGGAGGAAAAGAAAAAAAAAAAAAAUUAUUAAGCAUCUACUUAGCGGUCUAGUCCAUUUUUUCUUGCAAAGUUUAGAAUUUGAUGCGAUAUAUGUAUAAUGUACAUAAAGUAAGGAAAUAAAUGAAGAAGAGGAGGAAGAAGAAGAAGAAAAAAAGAAAGAAAGAGAAACAAGAUUAGCAAAUGGCAAUCGCGUCAGCGUGAGUUGCUGAAAAAAAAAACUUUUUUACAAGCUGAUUUUGUAUUUAUUGAUUAAUUGCGGGUUUUAUAGAGGUAACGAGUUCGUAAUUCUUAUCGUCUCUCAGUUCUUGUAUGGUUUCCAACAAGUGUUAAUUUAUUAUUGACUGUGAAUAGAAAUAAAAUGACGGAAGAUUCAAACGA